UUAUGACGCCCAUGUCCUCGCGAAAUCAAGUCUGAACCGCCUUCUUCCAGCCGCCUGUACACUAGAAGAUCUGGACAAUGAGGAUUGAAGACGGAUUUCAGCCUAUCCCGUACUCUGAGGAAAAUGUCUACCUAGAGGACCCUACCUUACCCUCACUGUUGCGUCGCCUGCUCCCCAACAGCGUGCUCAGAGACGUUCAACCUGACUUGGAACGUCUCGGAAAGGAAGUCCUCACAGUAAUUCGUCCACUCGCCGACAGUGCGGCAGUCUCCAACCCCACCCUCACCCAAUACGACCAAUGGGGCCGUCGAAUCGACAACCUGGAGACCAGCGAAGGCUGGCGCAAGCUCAAAGCGAUCGCACAGCAGGAAGGCUUACCGGGCAUCUUCUACGAACGCACGUACGGGGAGCAUAGUCGUAUCUAUGGCUUCGCGAAGAUGCUGUUGAUGGUCGGGGACACCCAGGAGGUGUUCUGUCCUCUCAGCAUGACAGAUGGGACUGCCAGAGUAAUCGAGCUGAUUGGAAACCCGGCGUUGAAGAGGGACGUUUUGCCCCGGUUAAUCAGCCGCGACCCAUCGCAAGCGUUCACCGCAGGGCAGUGGAUGACCGAGCGUCCUGGAGGAUCAGAUGUUUCCCUGACCGAAACCACUGCAACAGAUCUCUCCCAGACUCAUUCUUACGGACCCAAAUACUCGUUGAAUGGCAUUAAAUGGUUCUCCAGUGCAACCGAUAGCGAGGUAUCGGUCGCCCUCGCGCGGACUGGGUCUAUCUCUGCUGGGUCUAGAGGCCUUUCACUCUUCCUCAUCCCACUCCGCCUUCCCCUCUUCCCGGCGCCUAGUGACUCCAAACCAUCCUCAACCUCCAACAACAUAUUUAUUCACCGACUGAAGAACAAGAUAGGAACUCACGUCCUCCCAACCGCCGAACUCAGCUUGCAGAACACCGAAGGGUACUUGAUCAGUCCUCUGAACCAGGGCGUCAAACACAUCACGCCCGUCCUCAACAUUACACGCCUCUGGUCCGCCAUAACCUCCGUAGGCCACCUCCGCAAGUGCCUGUCCAUUGCUACUUCCUACGCGCGUGUCCGGGCUAUCAAAUCCGGAACCCAGCUCCUCCAAGAUAACCCUCUCCAUGUUGCUCAACUGGCUCAAAUCAACCUCUUGUACCGUGCCUUGACGCAUAUGUGCUUUAGUGUGGCAGGGCUGAUGGGUAAGGUCGAGUGUGGGGUCGCGAGUGGGGAGGAGGCGAAGAGGUUGAGGAUGCUGACACCGGUUGUGAAGGCCUUUUGUGCUGAGAAGGCCAGUGUGGGCAUGGAGGAGGCAAUGUCUGCCCUUGGAGGCGCCGGCUACAUGGAGGAGAAUGGAAUCGGGAGAGCUAUCAGGGAUGGGUUGGUUGAGAAGAUUUGGGAAGGUACGGUUGUCGUCCUCGCACUGGACCUGGCGAGGUCCGCGUUGGAUCCCUCCACCUUGAAAGCAUUCACAUCCUGGGCAGAGACAAUCAUCGAUUCCAUUCCCUCCUCUGUCCAGCCUCGACUGAACGAUGCGACUGGAUUGUUACGAGAAGCGUUGGCCACGCUUCCAAAGGUCUAUUCGACCCCCAUGCAUCCUUUAGCUGCCCGCCCCGGCCUUAUGGUUGUCGGCUACAUCGCAUCUAGCAUAUCCCUUUUGGAGCAUGCACUCUGGGCUUUGAACAUCGGAGAGCCGACUCAUGAUGUCGACAUCGAGGUUGCCAGGCGUUGGGUUCUUGAUGCUGGAUUUAACGGGGCUUUGGAAGACCUGAAGAAGGCACUCAGUGCAGGGGAAGACCAGAUCAAGUUGAACAAGGAGAUUGUGUUCGGUACCGUAUCGAAUAGUGUAAGGACUAAGCUGUAG